AUGUCUGGAUAUGAUGAGUGGAAUGUUGCUUAUGAAUGGAGCUCUCUGUCACAGCUGGAUCAGGCUCACGCAUCUGUUCCUGAUAUUGGACCCGACCAGAACAGUUUCCUCCUAAAUAGCGAAUUCAACUGGACUGCCGAUGGAGGCCAUCUGAAUGGAGCACGGGUUGGAGGUAAUGCGCAAGCUCCGCAGAAUAACAUUGUGAAUUAUGUUCAGGGCCACGGCCUGAGCAUUGGACCAAACAAAGAGCAACUUGGUGCCUCUCUGUCUGAUGUCGAGAUGGUACCCAGCCCUCCUUAUUUUGCACACGAAAACUCCACUGACGAUGGAUUUCUUGCAUCUCAUUCCUUUUCUCAUGAAAGAGAUAACACUGAACAUGCACUUGCAUCGCCGACCGAUAGUUUUGUGCCAGAGCCUACACCGUCCAUGAACGAGAAUAAUUCUACGUCUUUGGUUCCAGAUUUGGUUGACCUAAUGGACUCUGCUGUGUCAAAUCCAUUUCAUAAUACUACGCUUUUCCGGUCUCAUGAGGACGCCCGUGCUUUUUAUCAGCCCAGUGAGCCACUUCCUUAUGACCCAACUAUUCCUCGCGCACAGGAGCAAAAGCAGGUUGUUGUGAGAGAGAUGUGCAAAGCUAUGCUCAGCGUCGAUCAUGCAACAGAUAAUGAGGGAAUGAUUCUACCAUUCAAGAACGGCAAAUACUCUGACGAGCGAGUCGAGGCCUGCUGCUGGCAGACUUUGGAAACCGUUAUUUUGCGUCAAACUACUGGUCCGCUUCUAGCGGCGUUCGAGCCCAAGGGAAAGAUUCACGAUGAGCCCGGCACUUUUGCUGAACGAAUGACUCGCAUCAUCGAAUGUCUUUAUAGACAUAAGACCGUCUGCAAGCAUAUCUUAGACCCUCUUUAUUUGUACAACUUAGUCGACAAUCCAGUAGCAGCUGAGAGGCGUGUCGAGAGCAACAAGCUCCUGAACAAACGCAAAGGACACAUAAUGACGGCAGGAAAAGAGGCUCUUCGAAUUGGAAAUCGUCGCCAGCCCCCAGCAGCCAAAAAGACCCGAAAAACCAAUGCUCAGAAGGCUCCUAGAACCACUAGGAAGACAGUGUCAGCCGCAAGAAAGACAGCUGCCAGGAAGGCACCAAGGACAGGGACAGUGAACACAUCCCAGAAGUCGACUAAUUCAAUCAAAUCAUCCCACUCGGACACCUCGGACUGCCCAAACGAUAACACUGCGAUGUUUACUCCCUCCAGCAUAACUGAAACUAUCCGCUCCGAUACAGGCACUCACAGCAACGCAGUUGCACCUGCCGGCCAUCUGAGUUCGUCCUCCUUGAUUAACUCGCAGGCAAUGUCCUACUACUCUCAGCCUAUGGUGAGUGGAGAGUCGACAUACAACGUCACUUCAAGCAUGGCAUACCCUGCUCGUCCUGAUGGUCAUCAUGCAUACAUGUCCACCGUACAGCCCCAUCGCGUGCCCGCGCCAAUCUCCCAUCCCAUGCCUCCAGUGGAUUUCAUGGCUAACCCUGUCACUUCGUUUUUUUCUCCUAGCCCUGUGGCAAAUAUGCACGCUGUUCCAGCUGCCAUGGGUGAAGGUGUAGGCAAUUGCAACCAACAUAUGGUCCCUGCGUCUCCUGGGCAGAUUCCAGUUCGUCGCGCAAGGGGUGGCGGGCGCAAACGCUCUACUGCUACAACAACAACUGACUCGGGGCAUUCUUCUUUUAUUGAAAUGAGAAAGCGCUAG